AUGACAGAAGAAGAAGAGAUUUUCGGAGAUGAAAUCAUCUUUGCCGCCGCUAAAAAGAAUCAUAUUUCAAUGUUGGAAGAGUUCUACGAACAGAGAAAGAGAGCGAAUAACUUCAAUCCAAAUCUAACGGAUGCACUUGGAAACACUCCAUUACAUUACAGUGCCACUUUCAAUCACUAUGAAACAUCACAGAGACUGUUGAUUUUGGGUGCCAAUCCAAAUUUCCAGAAUCGUGCAGGUGAAACACCUCUUCAUCGUGCCGUAUGGUAUAAUCACGUCAAUAUUGCCACCCUUUUAAUUGAGAAUGGUGGUGAUGUAUCCAUUACCAACAACAUGAAGCAAAAUGCACUAGGUCUUGCAAAAUCAUUAGAUAUGAAAGCAUUAAUACAGUCUGCACAACUUGCUCAAAAGUUCAGUCCAGACGAAUUUGCUGAUGACGAUGAAGACGAAGAAGAAGGAACAGAAAAGAAACCAGUAACAUCAAAUUCAAGUUUCCACAGUGAUAUGAUUGCUAAUGAUAGUGACGAUGAAUAG